AUGUCGGUUAAAAAAGAUUUUACAAAUAUCGGUGGUUUGGAAAAACAUAUUAGAAUAGUGAAAGAAAUGGUCCUGUUUCCCCUAAUGUAUGGUGAUGUUUAUGCCAAGUUCAAUUUGAAACCACCAAGGGGUCUUUUAUUCUAUGGUCCCCCAGGAACUGGCAAAACUUUGGUAGCCAGUGCAUUGGCAUCAGAAUGUAGUACUUCUGAUCGCAAGGUCUCCUUCAUAUCACGAAAGGGAUCAGAUUGUUUGAGCAAAUGGGUUGGCGAAAGUGAGAAAAAGCUGGAGAAAAUUUUCACUAUGGCUCAACAAACGAAACCUUGUAUUAUUUUUUUCGAUGAAGUUGACGGUCUAGCACCGAUAAGAUCAAGUCGUCAGGAUUUCGUACACGCCAGCGUGGUGACUACGCUUUUAGCUCUAAUGGAUGGCCUGGAGAACAAUUCAGAAAUUAUAGUGAUUGGCGCUACGAACAGAAUCGACGCAAUAGAUCCGGCGUUAAGGAGACCAGGAAGAUUCGACCGAGAACUUUACUUUCCUUUGCCUUGUUACUCUGCUAGGAAAGACAUACUUUCGGUUCACAUUAAAAGCUGGAAGCAGAAGCCUCCUCAAAAGUUUCUUGCCUAUUUGGCCUCGAAAACGAUAGGAUACUGUGGUAGCGAUUUGCAAGCUCUCUGUGCUGAAGCUGUCAUGUGUUGCGUUAGAAGACAUUAUCCGGAAAUUUAUACGUUGAAAUCAAGACAUUACAUAAACGAGCGACACCUCAAGGUAGAGAAACAAGAUUUUCUGAAGGCCCAAGAAAAUAUCGUUCCAGCGUCUCACAGAGUCGUUAUAGCACCAGUAAAAUCCUUGUCGAUGAAAAUUCAACCGCUUUUACGAGGCAAUUUGUCAAGCAUUCAAUCUCAGUUACAAAUUCUUUGUCCAACGGGAAUGUUGACAUCAGAUGAUAUUAUCGGCAAAGCCAAUUCGAAAUCGACCACCUGUCCUAGAAUUUUAUUAUGCGGCGAAGAUGAUUCACAUACUCGGCAUUUAGGUCCAGCUUUGCUUCACGAUUUAGAUCAUUUGCCCUGUCACGUUUUGGAUGUGACAACUCUCUUCGAAGAAACUGGCAGAGCUGCUGAAGAAACGAUCAUUCAGAAAGUGAAAGGAGCACGUCGUACUUUACCAUCAUUGUUAUAUAUUCCUGAUAUUCUUGCAUGGUGGAACCUAGUUGACGAAACAGCACGCGUGGUUUUUGCUUCCCUGAUGAGAGAUCUCGAUAAUACAGUUUACAUGUUGAUUCUUACAACGGCUAAUUCCACUUACGAGGAUUUACCUUUAGAAAUCAAAAAUUCGUUCGAUCGAAGUCGAGAUGAGGUAUUUGAAGUACCAUUACCUGGCUUGCAAGAACGUAAAUCAUUCUUCUUACAGCUUUUUACAAACUCACAAUCGGAUGCUGCUUCUAGCAGAUCCUCUUUUGGUAAUAUAAUAGAUUUUAUACAAAUUAUGGGUCCGAAAAGAACGAAAACCGAAAAUGGAAAAAAAUCCAAGAUGGACACGCACAAGGAUUUAAAUGGACAACGUGGACGUCUUAAUGUUAAACGAGAAUGUAGUGCCUCGGGAGAAGGAUCGGGAUCGAAACGCGCCAAGAUGUCAUGCGCAUCGUUUAAUAUUUCAAGUACCGAGAAUAUAACUGAUCUUCAGCUUCAAGAAUUACUACAAAGGAUCAUCCAAUCAACGGAAAAUUGGAAAAGUAAUCGGUUAGAGAAUUUAUACGGCUCGUUGGAACUUAUCUUGGAAAGAAAAAACGAAGACAAUACGUCGAACGUUAUUGAAAAUUGUUUUCAAGUCUUGGAAGAAAUGAAGAGAAAAAGAACAUUUUUCGAUUAUGAAGAUGAUUAA